UUGCUGCUUGCUGGACUGGUUUGUCACCAGCGAUACACACUCAAAUUCAGUCUCUAAAGGUCGCUCGCUCUAAUGAAAUCGUUGGGAAAUUACGUGCGGAUACCGGACGGAAUUAGCGCUUGUAUAUAUUCGCCGUGCAAUAUCGUUAGCUCGUGUGCUACACACACGACGAAGAAAAAAUAAAAAUUUUCUGAUUUAAGCAAAAGCAGUCGAUAUAUACGCGCGUGUGCUGAAGUGGAAGAAAAUAGAAAUUCCAGCUAGAAAAUAUUUGUUCAAGCGAAGCAACGAAAAUUGUGCAAAGAAUCCUAAAAUAAAGCAGUAAAUAGGCAAGAAAUGAUGUGCGCGUGAGAAUUUGUAUAUCAAAUCACUGUAAUCGAAUUUAGCUAAAAAAAAAAAUCAAUGUGCAAACACUUGCAAACAUAGUGAGUGCUAAUGCUGAUGGGAAAUUGGAAAAGUCUGUGUUGUGAUUUUGGGAGAAAAUUGUUCGAAAAUUACGGUGCCAUUUAAGUGCCAGCAGUAGCACAAAGCUUAGCUGUGAGGCUGUGCAAGCGGCAAGCAGGCUCCUCAGCGUUUACUGCCGGCAGCAGAACUCGCUAAAAGAAUUAAGAAAAUACUCACGCUCGCACCUAUGUACACACACGCACACAUGUACGCGUAGGCACAAACGAGCGUGUAUGCAAACGAACGCGAAACUUUGUGAUUUAUCCCACCUACGCGUUGCGAUUUGCAGAUUUGUUUAUUUGUUUAUCAAAUCGUCUAAUGGGAGUGUUUAAGGCUCGCCACUAAAAGGAGUACGCUUAACGCUCGCUAAAUGGCAAAUGGUUAGUUUCAUUAAAUAUUUGGUUAAAGCGAAUUUUCUCGAGUGAAUUUGAGAAGACGUAAGUGUAGAAGUAAAUUAAGGAUUGUGAAACGCCCAAAAACUAGCAAAGUGUUUAUUCAAUACUAAAGAAUAUUUUAAGCAGACUGUAAAUCCACGACAAUUCGAUUUUAAUUUUUCGACUCAAUUGCAUUUUAUUGACUUUGCAACAAAGUAAGCUGAAUUGGAUAUGCUCAAGUGGCGUAAAGACUUUAAGAGUUGCCAAAAAUAAGCGAGGGAUUCUAUGAACUAAAGAGUAGCAAAGAAAAACUAAGUAAAUAUAAAAGCAAAGAAAGUUAGUGCUUUCUAAACUACCAAAUUACUGGCCAGCACACAUUCAACGAAGCAAAGCUAUUUUCAGGUGCUAAAAAUUUAUGAAAUACUGUGUUAAAAUUAAAAGUAUAACAAAAAAAAAAUAAUUAAAAAAAGACAGUGAAAAAGUUAUAACGAAACAACGAAGUUAAGAAAAAGUUAUAAACCCCAAAAUGUGCAACCAACAAAAAUGUUAAAAGUCAGCGUAAUUUCGCAAGCAAAAAAUUUUACAACAAAACUUUACAAGGAAAUCUACAAUCAAACAAAUUAAAGAAGACACCGCACAUACGCUGACCACCCACCAACUUGAAGCGUACACCGUUGAACGGAAGCAACGGUUACUUCUUCUACUUCUACUUCUUCGUCCCGCUGUUUAUAUAAAAAGCCAUCAAAAUUAAGUUCUCAAAGCAAAAUCAUCACGCAUACCGUCACACCGAGAACAUCUACGACGGUGGCACCGACACUGACGACGACGAAUGCCCGUUGGAGUCCACCACGAUGAAUCCGUAUGAAUAUGAAACGACACUGGACUGUCGCGAUGUGGAUACACGCGCCGGGAGUGGUGGCGGCGGCGGCCUUGGAGGCGGUGGUGUAAAUGGUGGCGGAACCGCUGUUGGUGGUAUGAUGAGUCUGCGUCAUAAUCCAACGUCGACACAUUCACAUCAAAAUACAUUACAACAUCAGAAUCAACAGAAUUUACAAUUGCAACAGCAACAACAUCUGCAACAACAGCAAUCACCAUACGAUUAUGAAUAUCAGCAUUUGCCACAUCGCGCUGGUGAAUUGACUGCAGCAACGGCAGCGAACAACAGCGGUGCAGUGUCAACGGCACAGCGCAAUACACACGGCAGACCAGGCUAUCUCCUUGAAGGAGUUACGCCAUCGGCACCACCGGAUGUCCCACCAAGGAAUCCAACAAUGAGUCGCAUGAAUAAUGGUCGUUUAGUCCCUGGUAACCCAAAUGAUUUGGGCGUUGAUUUUGAGCCAUCGUGUUUGGUGCGAACACCAUCGGGCAACGUCUACAUUCCGAGUGGAAAUUUAAAUAUCAACAAAGGUUCACCCAUCGAUUAUAAAAGCGGCUCGGCCUGCUCAACACCUACAAAAGACACACUCAAGGGUUACGAGCGCAGCACGAAUAAUUGCAUGGGACCCGUGCUUCCACCGCGCAGCGUUAUGAGCGGCCUGCCUGCGCACCACUACUCAACACCGAUGAAUUUCCGCAAGGGUUUGGCGGCGCGCUGGCACCGCUGGCGGUGUGCGCUCAAUAUAUGUUUGGCGGUAUUUGCGUUACUCGGCUUGAUUUCAAUAGUUCUAUAUGUAUCCGGUGUAUUACACUUAUCCAUGGACGAACCACGCACAAUUCUAGUCGGCAAUGAGGCAUCCGAAGUGACGGCCGCCAAAAGCACUAACACGGAUCUAACGAAAUUCGGACAACCCACCACGGUCACAGCAUCAACGGCAACCUCAUCGCUCUCCUCGAUAUCGGCAUCGCAAGCGGCAGCAGCGCAGGCAGCCAGCGGUAGCGCUGACUUGUUGGGCAAUGGUGGCGGCGGCGGUGGCACCUUGCCAUCAUCGACCGCCUACCAAUCACCAGCAUCUGCGUCGUCGGCAAUAGCUGCUAUUGGUACGACCGGCGCCAUUGCCUCGUCACCCUCGUCAUCGUCGCUGGCAAAUGCCAAUAAUGGAGACAUUAGAAACGAAGUGCUACCUAUGCUAGAUAUACUUGCCGCCUGGCCAUUCCAUGAGCGCGGCAACGCAUACACGAUACAACAAAAAUGGCAGCAACAAACAAAGGCUAGCUCAGCAACAGGGACACGCCUGUCCUACGGUACACAACGAUACGAACGACAACGACAGCAACAGCAGCAACGAAAUAGUGAUGGCGUAGCGGUAGGGACGUCUAGCAGUGACAAGUGGCAGUGGCAGAACUACCGGCAAAAUACAUAUGAACAGCAAAAACCGAAGCAACAACAACCGUUGGUAAAAGUCCAAACGCCAUUCAACGCCAUGCGGCAACAACAUGGCGCGCGAAAAAAGCGUUAUCGUCGAAGUUUAAUGACAGACCAAACUUUUGAAAGCAUCGACUUAAUUACGAGAACGCAUACGAGGGAUGAUGAUGAAAUGAAAGCGUACAAGCAUGAUAUAAACAGCAAGUAUAAUAGCAAACAUAAAUUGGAGAACGGCAAUAGCUUCAGUGUUGAUAAGGCAAAGGACAACAGCGCCGAUAGCAACGGCGACGACAGUGAACUGUUAACUGUUGGCAACAGCGAGAUUGCUGACAGCUUUGUAGUUACUCAAAAGACAAUACCAAAGGCUGUGGAGUUGAAGUUGACUAACGAAGAGGUGAUUGAGUUGAUGGCGCAACCAGCAGGUGUGCGAAAUUUUGUAGCUACAAAUGCGACGAGUAAAGCGAAUAAGCUAAAGGAAAGUAAUACAGCAACGUUUGCUGAGCAAGAGCACAAUAGGAAUCGAACGCAGCCUACAGCAAGCGCUGAAAGCAAUAAAACGGUGCAGACAACGGAAGCUAAAAUGCGCUGUCUCACGACAGCAACAUCAAGCGCGCCACAUAAAUCUCAAAAGCUGCCGCUGUCUAAUACACAAACUGCAAGUAAUUAUGCUGUCAACGCGCUGAGCAAUAAAGCAACCGAACUGUUACAGCAGUAUAAAAAUAUUGCUGAAGCGCAGACUGAUUAUGACAAGAAUAAUAGUAAUAGCAUGCCCAACAGUAACCGAACACCAAGGCGCUUCAAUAUAUCCGCGACACAAACUUUGCAAAUCAAUAACCUAUUAAAUCUCAAUCAAAACCUUAAUGAUGACAAAGAUAUUGCCGCCGCUGCCUUCGUCAACACCGCUCCGACUGGUGUUAAAGGCGCGCCAGCCCAAACGUCUGGCAGUGAAAUUGUUGCUGCUGCCAAGACUUCCGUUUCCGAUGAUGUGUCUGAUGGGCAACAGUAUGAUGCGACAUUGACGACAAUUGCCAAAGUUUUGUCAAAGGCUUUUAGGGAUAAAAAUAAUGAAGUAGCAAAUUUGACAAGCGACGACGAGCCAAACGCCACGUGCAAAAAUGAUGAUGACAAAACAUACGCAGCAAACACAACAAAAUGUGAUGAUGCGACUACAAAGUUGGUUGAGGAGAAUACCAUUAAAAACGAUUCUACAACAGCAACAGCGUCGCACCCAAAUAUUGACCUCACGACGAUUGACAACCGUGAUAUAUUUGAUGGUGAUAUUGAUUAUGUUGAAGGUGACACGCAACGUGAAGUAAGCGACUCUCAUGCGGAAUUUGUUAACAUAGUCGAUGAAAGCGAAGAAUUUGGUUUUAAAGCGGCGACUGAAAUUAAUGAGAUAUCGAUUACAAGAGGCGCGACACCGCGCGCAAAUGUAGUAAGACUGCGCGCUAAGCGCAUAGAAGAAACGGUUGAAGAAGGAGCACAAAUAGCUGCCUAUAAGCAAGUAAAAAGCAAUUUGCGUGUUCGUAAAGCGAACGAACCGAGGCAUAUUAAAACGCUUAGGAAGCACUUUGGACGCCCAAUACACGCGCCCGUCUUACUAGCGCCUGCGGCUGUACAGUUUCUCAAUGUAGUUAUUGAUGAUGAUAGUCAAAUUGACAGGCCACCAGUAGAAGAAGAACAACGCGAAAUGCAGGAAAAAGUGAGCGACAAUAAAGCCGGCAUAAGGGCUGUGCAAAUUGGCAAAACCAUCGCCAUUAGUGAUAAAAAUAAAAUAGAAGGUAAUCCGACAAAAAAAUUCGAAAAUAAUGUGAGUCAGAAUAAACGCUAUGCGGGCGCGCAAGAAACUACAACGCAGCGACAAGAAUUUGAUGCGGCAAAUUAUUAUCAAAUCAAUCGUCAUAAUAGCGCAACCGACACGGCGUUGAGCGAUAGUGAAAGCGAUACCAACGAAGCUGCAACUGAUGAUAACAAUAAUGAGCGUGAUUUGGUUGACAGCUAUGAUGAUGUCGGCUAUGACGCGCGGACGCAAGCCACACCAGCGGCCACAGACACGUCAAGUGUCAUAAAAAUUGAUAAAUCCGAAUUGAAUGAGCAAAAAGAGUUGCAGCGCGCAGCAUAUGACGAUGUAGAUACACGCACGGAAACAAGUGCUACCGACGGAGCGUGGCAGACGGGGAGAGCGGUGACUGAAAGCGAACUGGAAAUUAAGCUAAACGAAAGUCAAAUGCAAAGUGGACGUGCAGCAAUAAUUGAAAAACACACAGCGAUAGUUAGUGUUGAUGCUGAGACAACAACAACAGCAAAAGUAAUGAUAACAGCUGAUGAACGACAAAUGAUGGAGAUAAAUGAGCGAGCGUCAGUGGCUAGGCAAGAAGCUGGUAAAAGCGACAAGCAACUAGCGGUGGACGCAAGGGGCGUACAAAAAAGUAAUGUAGUGGUUUUGAGUUAUGAAAGUAAAAGGAAAGGAGAUUUGCUGCCACCAGAAAAUGUUGAAGCUGAUAGCGUCUCAGCGGAAGAAGAAGCAGACAUCGUAAUGAUAAGGACAACGUCAGAGCACACACAAAUGAACGACAAUCAAGCUGAAGAAACAGAUGCUGCAGAAACAACAAAAAAACUGAGUAACAACAACGUAAAGGAGCGGAUAUCUAGUGAAGUUGAAGCUCAAGCGCAUACAACAACAAUGCAACCAACCAAUUUAAGCGGAAAUCAAAAAAAUGCGUCACGAGCUGUAGUUGAUGAAAGCAACUCGGCAGACGAGCUGAUGCUUAAUGACGGUUUAAUGCCGCAGCACAACAACAAACACGCUAGAAACCACAAUGCACCCGAAAACAUAAUCAAACGCAAUAGUAAUUUCAAUGCAAACUCCCACGCUUACGCACCCAGCAAUGACGACCAGCGUCUCAUUGCUGAACCCAAUGCGGACGACAUAGAUAUUAUCAAAUUAGAGGACACACAUUCGAGCGAGGAUGAAAUUUAUAAAACCAUCGAGGGUGUAGCCAACGGCAGCGUGCAUGAGAAGCCGAAGUACAUAUACGGUAAACGUAAAGAAAUUAUCACUAGUCGGCCGCCGAAAUAUGCAACGCAUGCAGAAAAUGAAGUACUCAAAGGAGGUGUAGACACCAAUGCCGCCAACAGUUACGCUGACAAAUUGCCACCCUUUCCGCUCAAGGCGCCCAUAGUAAGUGAAACAUAUGAUCCGCCGAGUAAGCACAUACUCGUGAAUGUUACGAUCGCCACCGAAGGUGAUAGCAACUCGGUGUAUACGCUACAUGUAGCCGUACCCAUCGGUGGACAGUCGCACGAUCUGCAAGAGGUGCUAACACAUGAGCGCCUAAAAGCGACACAGCAUGAACUAGUUGAGGCACCAACGAAUCUACACGACACACAUGCCAAUGAGCAAUCGCCAAUCAGUCCUUAUUGCAUACCUGAACCACCACCACCCAUACCGGAAUGUCCUUGCAAAUGCGUUGACUUCUUACCGGUAACCGAAGCGGUUGACUCUGUUGACAACGAACAACACUUUGUGCCAUUAGAGCAUCUUGAUGUCACCGCAAGCUUUGUUCACACUGCCACUGCUACCGCAACGACCACAGCGCCGAACAGUACCGACAAUUUCAUUCAUCCACCAUUCUCACCAAUUGCUACAACCACAGCAUCUAUGUUAACUAAUACCACUGUUAAUGCCACUGAAGAUUCUUUCAUUUCAACAACUACCACUGCUACAUUUACUAAUUUGCUUGGUGUUGAUGCAGCUCAAGCUGCCAGUGUUGAUGAUCAUGUUGUUAUUGGUGAUGGCAGCAAAAUUGCAUGUCCUGAUGUUAUGCCUAUUCUGAUACUUGAAGGUGCGCGUACUUUUCCGGCACGCAGUUUCCCACCAGAUGGCACAACUUUUGGACAAAUCACGUUAGGACAGAAACUAACCAAGGAGAUACAACCGUAUAGCUAUUGGAAUAUGCAGUUCUAUCAAUCGGAACCGGCUUAUGUGAAGUUUGACUAUACCAUACCGCGUGGCGCAUCGAUCGGUGUCUAUGGGCGUCGCAAUGCGUUACCAACACACACACAGUAUCACUUUAAGGAGGUUUUGAGUGGCUUUAGCGCCAGCACCAGGACAGCGCGUGCAGCACACUUAUCGAUAACACGCGAAGUUACACGUUACAUGGAGCCCGGUCACUGGUUCGUCUCGCUGUACAAUGACGAUGGUGACGCGCAAGAGGUCACCUUCUACGCCGCCAUUGCCGAGGAUAUGACACAGAAUUGCCCGAACGGUUGCUCCGGCAAUGGACAGUGCCUGCUGGGCCAUUGUCAAUGCAAUCCCGGCUUUGGUGGCGACGACUGCAGCGAGAGCGUUUGCCCAGUGCUGUGCUCACAACAUGGCGAGUACAUUAACGGUGAAUGUAUUUGUAAUCCCGGUUGGAAGGGUAAAGAGUGCUCCUUGCGCCACGAUGAGUGCGAAGUGGCCGAUUGCAAUGGACACGGUCACUGCGUGAGCGGCAAGUGCCAGUGCAUGCGCGGCUAUAAAGGCAAAUUCUGCGAGGAAGUUGACUGUCCGCAUCCAAACUGCUCGGGUCAUGGCUUCUGCGCUGAUGGCACUUGCAUCUGCAAGAAGGGCUGGAAGGGCACUGAUUGCGCCACCGUAGAUAAAGACGCCUUACAAUGCCUACCGGAUUGCUCGAAUCACGGCAGCUUCGAUGUGGACACGCAGACUUGCACCUGCGAGCCGAAGUGGAGCGGCGACGACUGCUCAAAGGAGCUAUGCGAUUUGGAUUGCGGUCAGCAUGGGCGCUGUGUCGGCGAUGCCUGCACUUGCGAUCCCGAGUGGGGCGGCGAAUACUGUAAUACUAAGCUCUGCGAUACGCGCUGCAACGAGCAUGGCCAGUGCAAGAACGGCACCUGUCUGUGUGUGACCGGUUGGAAUGGCAAGCACUGCACCAUCGAAGGCUGUCCGAAUGGCUGUUCGGCACAUGGUCAGUGUCGUGUAAGCGGCGAGGGACAAUGGGAGUGCCGCUGCUACGAGGGCUGGGAUGGUCCGGAUUGCGGUAUAGCGCUUGAACUGAAUUGUGGCGACAGCAAGGACAAUGACAAAGAUGGUCUCGUCGAUUGUGAGGAUCCUGAGUGCUGUGCCAGCCAUGUUUGCAAGACAUCACAGCUGUGCGUAUCCGCGCCCAAACCCAUUGAUGUUUUGCUGCGCAAGCAACCGCCAGCUAUUACGGCAUCGUUCUUCGAGCGCAUGAAAUUCUUGAUUGACGAAAGCAGCCUGCAAAACUACGCGAAACUUGAGACGUUCAAUGAAAGCAUUUUUUGGAAUUAUUUCAAUGCAAGCCGUUCUGCUGUAAUACGCGGUCGCGUUGUUACUUCACUCGGCAUGGGUUUGGUUGGUGUACGCGUCUCCACCACGACACUGCUCGAAGGCUUUACGCUCACACGCGACGACGGUUGGUUCGAUUUGAUGGUGAAUGGCGGCGGCGCUGUUACUUUGCAAUUCGGACGCUCACCAUUCCGACCACAGUCACGCAUAGUACAAAUACCAUGGAACGAAGUGAUUAUCAUCGAUGUUGUGGUUAUGUCUAUGUCGGAGGAGAAAAAUCUGAUACCCAUACCGCACACGUGUUUCUCGCAUGACUACGAUCUUAUGAAACCGGUCGUGUUGGCUUCAUGGAAACAUGGUUUCCAAGGCGCUUGUCCGGAUCGUUCUGCUAUUUUAGCCGAAUCUCAAGUCAUACAGGAAUCACUACAAAUUCCCGGCACUGGCUUGAAUUUAGUGUAUCACUCUUCACGCGCUGCCGGCUAUCUUUCGACCAUAAAGCUCCAGCUAACACCUGAAACUAUACCAGAUACACUGCACCUGAUACAUCUGCGCAUAACCAUCGAGGGUAUACUGUUCGAGCGUGUUUUCGAAGCUGAUCCGGGCAUUAAGUUUACCUAUGCAUGGAACCGUUUGAACAUCUACCGUCAACGUGUCUACGGUGUGACUACAGCUAUUGUCAAAGUUGGCUAUCAAUACAGCGAUUGCAAAGACAUAAUAUGGGAUAUACAAACCACCAAGUUGUCUGGCCAUGACAUGUCCAUCUCCGAGGUUGGUGGUUGGAAUCUUGAUAUACACCACCGCUACAACUUCCACGAGGGCAUACUGCAGAAGGGCGAUGGCUCCAAUAUCUACUUGAAAAAUAAACCACGAGUCAUACUUACCACGAUGGGUGAUGGCCAUCAACGUCCGCUUGAGUGUAAUGAUUGCGAGGGCUUGGCUUACAAACAGCGUUUGCUAGCGCCUGUUGCCUUAGCCGCCUCACCUGAUGGCAGUUUGUAUGUCGGCGACUUUAACUACAUACGUCGCAUUAUGACCGAUGGCACCAUACGCACGGUGGUCAAAUUAAAUGCCACACGCGUCUCCUACCGCUACCACAUGGCAUUAAGUCCACUGGACGGCACACUUUAUAUAUCCGAUCCGGAGUCACAUCAGAUCAUACGCGUACGCGACACUAAUGAUUACUCGCAACCAGAAAAGAACUGGGAACCCAUUGUGGGCUCGGGUGAACGUUGUUUGCCAGGCGACGAAGCGCAUUGUGGUGACGGUGCACUGGCGAAGGAUGCAAAACUGGCCUAUCCCAAAGGCAUCGCCAUUUCCAGCGAUAAUAUACUAUACUUCGCAGACGGUACAAAUAUCCGUAUGGUUGACCGCGAUGGCAUCGUCACAACGCUGAUUGGUAAUCACAUGCAUAAGUCCCACUGGAAGCCUAUACCUUGCGAGGGCACACUAAAGCUGGAAGAGAUGCAUUUGCGUUGGCCCACCGAAUUGGCCGUUAGCCCCUUGGAUAAUACCCUACACAUCAUUGAUGAUCAUAUGAUUUUGCGCAUGACACCCGAUGGACGUGUGCGCGUCAUUUCGGGACGUCCUCUACAUUGUGCUACCACCUCAACCGUUUAUGAUUCUGAUUUGGCUACACAUGCCACGCUCGUGAUGCCACAAUCGAUAUCGUUUGGACCCAUGGGUGAGCUCUACGUGGCAGAGAGCGACUCACAACGCAUCAACCGUGUGCGCGUUAUUGGCACUGAUGGUCGAAUUGCACCUUUUGCCGGCGCAGAGUCGAAAUGCAAUUGCUUGGAACGCGGCUGCGACUGUUUCGAGGCAGAGCACUUCCUAGCGACGAGUGCAAAGUUUAACACUAUAGCAGCGCUUUCUGUUACACCAGAUGGUCAUGUGCACAUUGCUGAUCAAGCCAAUUACCGCAUACGUUCGGUUAUGUCUAGUAUACCCGAGGCCAGCGCGUCACGCGAAUAUGAGAUCUAUGCACCAGAUAUGCAAGAAAUCUAUAUAUUCAACCGAUUCGGUCAACACGUUUCCACAAAGAAUAUUCUAACUGGCGAAACCACAUAUGUCUUUACUUACAAUGUCAAUACUUCCAAUGGCAAAUUGAGUACAGUGACUGAUGCGGCAGGUAACAAGGUCUUCCUACUGCGGGAUUAUACCUCUCAGGUGAAUUCCAUUGAAAAUACAAAGGGUCAGAAAUGUCGUCUACGCAUGACACGCAUGAAGAUGUUACACGAACUGAGCACACCGGACAACUACAAUGUAACAUUUGAAUAUCACGGCCCAACCGGCUUGCUAAAGACUAAACUCGAUUCUACAGGCCGCUCUUAUGUCUACAACUAUGAUGAGUUUGGACGGCUCACUUCGGCUGUUACGCCCACUGGUCGUGUCAUUGAUUUGGUAUUCGAUUUAAGCGUUAAAGGUGCUCAAGUUAAAAUAUCCGAGAAUGCACAGAAGGAACAAUCGAUGCUCAUACAGGGCUCGACAGUCAUGGUGCGCAACGGUGCCGCCGAAUCGAAAACUUCUGUAGAAAUGGACGGUUCAAUGACAAGUCUAACGCCAUGGGGACACACUGUACAAAUGGAAGUGGUACCGUACGCCAUUUUGGCUGAGAUCAACCCAGUCAUUGGUGAAAGCUAUCCAGUACCCGCAAAGCAGCGUACCGAAAUCGCUGGUGAUCUAGCUAAUCGCUUUGAAUGGCGUUACUUCGUGCGUCGCAUGCAACAGGGCAAACAAGGCAAAGGACCACGCCCAGUUUCACAAGUGGGACGUAAGCUACGUGUGAAUGGCGAUAAUGUGCUUACACUCGAAUAUGACCGCGACGCACAAUCCGUUGUUGUACUCGUGGAUGAUAAGCAAGAACUCUUAAAUGUGACUUAUGACCGCACAGCACGUCCAGUUAGCUUCCGUCCACAGUCGGGUGACUAUGCAGAUGUCGACUUGGAAUACGAUCGCUUUGGUCGUUUAGUGAGCUGGAAAUGGGGAGUGCUGCAAGAAGCUUACACCUUCGACCGUAACGGACGCUUAAACGAAAUUAAAUACGGCGAUGGCUCGUCAAUGGUUUAUGCCUUCAAAGACAUGUUCGGCUCGCUGCCACUAAAGGUGACCACACCACGUCGUUCUGACUACCUCUUGCAGUACGACGAUGCUGGCGCGCUACAAAGUUUGACGACACCACGUGGUCAUAUACACUCAUUCUCACUACAAACCUCGCUCGGCUUCUUCAAGUAUCAAUAUUUCUCGCCCAUUAACCGCCAUCCUUUCGAGAUACUAUACAACGAUGAAGGACAGAUACUUGCAAAGAUACAUCCACACCAAUCCGGCAAGGUGGCGUUUGUACAUGAUUCCGCUGGCCGUUUGGAGACAAUUCUGGCUGGACUAUCAAGCACGCACUACACUUAUCAGGACACCACGAGCCUUAUCAAAUCAGUAGAGGUACAGGAACCAGGAUUUGAGUUACGUCGCGAGUUCAAGUAUCAUGCUGGUAUUCUCAAGGACGAAAAGGUACGCUUCGGCUCGAAGAACUCUUUGGCUUCGGCACACUAUAAGUACUUUUACGAUGGCAAUGCUCGUCUCAGUAGCAUUGAGAUGUCCAUAGAUGAUAAGGAGGUGCCCACAGCACGUUAUAAGUACAGCCAAAACUUGGGACAGCUGGAAGUGGUGCAGGAUCUGAAGAUUACGCGCAAUGCUUUCAAUCGCACCGUUAUUCAAGACUCUGCUAAGCAAUUUUUCACCAUCAUCGAUUACGAUCAGCAUGGUCGCGUAAAGAGUGUGCUUAUGAAUAUCAAGAGCUUCGACGUUUUCCGCCUUGAGUUAGAUUAUGAUCUGCGAAAUCGCAUCAAAUCACAGAAGACGACUUUAGGACGUUCAACAUCAUUUGACAAGAUCAAUUACAAUGCUGAUGGACAUGUGAUAGAAGUCCUCGGCACAAACAAUUGGAAAUACUUGUACGAUGAGAAUGGCAACACUGUUGGUAUUGUGGAUCAAGGCGAGAAAAUUAAUCUCAGUUAUGAUAUUGGCGAUCGCGUCAUACAAGUUGGAGAGAUCGAGUUCAACAACUAUGAUGCGCGCGGUUUUGUGGUGCGACGUGGUGAACAGAAAUAUCGUUAUAACAAUCGCGGUCAACUGAUACAUGCUUUUGAAAGAGAUCGCUUCCAAUCUUGGUAUUAUUACGAUGACCGCAGCCGUUUAAUAGCUUGGCACGAUAGUAAGGGUAAUGUAACACAGUACUACUAUGCCAACCCAAGAACACCAAAACUACUGACACAUGUACAUUUCCCGAAAGUGGGUAAAACAUUGCGUUUCUUCUACGACGAUCGUGAUAUGCUGAUGGCAGUGGAGAACGGGGACCAGCGUUACUACGUGGCUACUGAUCAAAAUGGUUCACCAUUAGCUUUCUUCGACCCGAACGGCAUCAUAAUCAAAGAUAUAAGACGCACGCCAUUCGGCCGUAUCAUCAAGGACACCAACCCAGACUUCUUUAUACCGAUUGACUUCCAUGGUGGCCUGCUAGAUCCCAACACCAAAUUGAUCUAUACCGAAGGACGUCACUACGAUCCUACAGUUGGUCAAUGGAUGACACCCAAAUGGGAGACAUUAGCCACUGAAAUGUCCAACCCAACUGACGUCUUUAUCUACCGCUACCACAACAACGAUCCCGUCAAUCCUAACAAACCACAGAAUUACAUGAUCGACUUGGAGUCAUGGCUGCAACUUUUUGGCUAUGAUUUGCGUAACAUGCAAAGCUCGAAGUACACCAAAGAUGCGCAGUACGUGCCACAAAUUUCUAUUAAAUCAAACACACUGGCACCUGAAUUCGGUGUAAUUUCCGGUCUGGAAUGCAUCGUCGAAAAGACCAACGAGAAAUUCAGCGAUUUCGACUUUGUGCCUAAACCACUGCUAAAAAUGGAACCAAAGAUGCGCAAUCUCCUGCCACGCAUUAGCUACCGACGUGGCGUCUUCGGCGAGGGUGUGCUUCUUUCACGCAUUGGCGGACGUGCGUUAGUCAGCGUCGUUGAUGGUUCGAAUAGCGUGGUGCAGGAUGUGGUCUCAUCGGUCUUCAACAACUCCUAUUUCCUUGAUCUACACUUCAGCAUACACGAUCAAGAUGUAUUCUACUUUGUCAAGGACAAUGUGCUCAAACUGCGCGACGACAACGAAGAAUUACGACGACUCGGUGGCAUGUUCAACAUAUCAACACACGAAGUGACCGAUCAUGGCGGUACGGCUGCAAAAGAAUUGCGCUUGCACGGACCCGACGCCGUGGUGAUAAUUAAAUAUGGUGUUGAUCCUGAACAAGAGCGACAUCGCAUACUGAAACACGCGCACAAGCGUGCCGUCGAACGCGCCUGGGAGCUCGAGAAACAGCUGGUGGCUGCCGGCUUCCAGGGACGCGGCGACUGGACUGAAGAAGAGAAAGAGGAGCUUGUGUCGCACGGCGAUGUAGAUGGCUGGAUUGGCAUCGACAUACACAGCAUACACAAAUACCCACAGCUAGCAGACGAUCCAGGCAAUGUAGCAUUCCAGCGUGAUGCUAAACGCAAACGAAGAAAGAUCGGCAGCGGACACCGCACAGCGAAAUCGCGCCGACAGCAAUUAAGAGUGAUGGAUUUAAGUGCGUGAGUGGGCGAGACGAGCGAGAAAGCAUACAAAAGAAGUCGUGUGGAAACAACUGUGACAAAACUGAAUGAGCAACUAGUAAAUGGUGGGCGUGAGAAAGAUAAGCGAAGUUAUGUUGAUAACUAUGCUAGGCUCGAAAGCUGGGUAGCAGGUGCCAGCGCAAAUGAACUGAACAACAUCGAGUCAACACUCUAUUUAGACAACAACAGCAAUAGCAGCAGUGAUGAUGAUGACAACGACAACAAUGACGACGACGAAGAUAACGAUGCGCCGCCGAAAGACGAACGUGAACUCAUUGAUAUAAACGAAACUAACCACAACAGCAAUGAGGAAGACUACCAAGACGAAUACUAUUAUAAUAACAACUACUAUGAUCAGCACUACUAUCGCAGCAAAGGCACAGAUACAGACGACUUAUAUUAAACAACCAAAACUACUACAUACAAAACAUAUAUAAAAAAUUUAAAAGCAAAUUAAAUUUAAAUAAUUUAGUGGGUAUUAAAUUAAAAUAUGUGUGAGUACGUACGACUAAUUACAAUACAAUGAGUAGGUAUGUGUGAAGAAAAAAAUCAUAAAAAAGAAAAAUUAAAAAGAAAACAUAAAGAAAUUUUGAAAAUCAAUAUUUGCAUGUGAAAAUGGCAAAUUUGUAAAAAGGAAAACAAAAAUAAUUAAGGAGUGAGGGUAAAUGCAGCACUUGAAGAGACGCCAAGUAAUUUAUUUAACAUAAAACAAUAAACGAAAAUAGUCGGAUUUGAUGCGAAAAGCUAAGGCAACAACUUCAAAAACUAGCAAAAAACAGAAAUGCAUGUGAAAGCAAAACGCAAAUGAUUGUAAACAAAUUGGAAAUCAGAAAGCAACAGUGAAAAGUAUGUUUAGAAUUGAGGUUAUACAUAACUUGUGCAGGCGUGCAAUUAGUUUCAGAGAACUUCAGUUUUUGUAUAAAGUAAAAAUCCGUUGAAAUGCCAUACAACUUAAACGUUGUAAGUGGUGAAUAUACAAUGACAGACUAGCAAAUUAAGUAUUGUAAUAGGCAGCAAUAAGAAAAAUGAGUAUUAAAAAAUGGUAAAAACGAAGGAACUUAGUAUAAACUGAAUGUUUUUGUAUAAUUGCAGGUUAAGAAGGAAAUUAACAAAUAUUUGGUGCAGAACAAAUAAAAAAAGUAAUUUAAAAAAUGUUGAUAUACAGACAAUGUGUAGUGAAAUUUUGUUGUUUUUGCUAGCAUUGUGCAUUUUUUGUAUUUUUUUUUAUCAAUUAUUUACUAUGCUGAAAUUUAUUUUUUCACAAAACUAUUAUUUUUACAUUAAUACAGUUAAAAGAAAAUGUUUAAAGCUUUUCCAAAUUUUAAUUUUUUUUUAAUUUUUGUGUAUACUUUUACAUUUUUACAAAAUUUAUUAUUAUUUGCUUCGUUUAAUGAACUACGAACUCUGCUAACUGUACAUUUGAAUCUAAUACACAGUUAUAAACUUUUUUUACACUUCAAAACCUUUCCACAUUAAUUAAAAAGAUAUGCAAAUCUUACUUCUGUUUGUCUAUGCAAUCAAUCCUACUGCCUAUUUACUGUGCGUUACUCACAUGGCAUGCACGCAGUGGCUGCAAAACUGUCAGCCUCAAUUUCAAUUGCUGAUUCGCCAAACUAUUGAACACUUUGCCAAACACUCACAAAAAACUGCAUGUUACAGCGUAAAAAAGAAUAUUAAAAUAUAUUGUGAUACUCGUAUAUCUACAUUUUAUCGUAUGCAACACUCGUCUCAAAUAUUUGUUGUUUUGUAUAUGUGUACUGUUUUCAGUUUGAAAAAUCAAGCAAUUAUAGGCAGACUUUAAUUUACACAAUGAAACACGAUUAAUUUUUUUUUUAACUGUUUUGCAAUAAACACAAACGUUAAUAUAAAAUACCAUAUAAUAAACAGUAAAUAGUUUAAACGCUGACAAAUGCCAUUUAUAUUUUAAUUAUAUUUACUUGUAACACUAUAUAGUUAAACAAUAUUUUUUAAUAUUUGUAUGUAUGUUUGUAUAUGCAUAUUCAAAUGUAUUAGUUAUUUAUGCAUAUUUUUUUCAAAGUUUUUAAUAUAUUAUGCAUAAAAAAUAUUUUUUUUUUAUUUUUUAUAAUGCAUACUUAGUGUUUAAAAUUGUAAAUUAUUUAUUUAAAUACACUUGAAAAUUAUAGUUUUACAUAGUGUAUAAAUGUUUGCUUUAAAUUUUUUAUUAUAAUAACUAUUAAUAAAUAUUUUAAGAAUAAAACUACAGUAAGUGCAUGGUUUUCUGUUUUAUUUUUGAUAUUCAAUAUUUUCUCAAACUUUUUUUUAAUUUUUUUCAAUUUUUAUUUUAUAUUUCUUUGUUUAAUUUUUUUUUGUCAUAAAAAUUUUACUAAGUAUCAAAAUUUUUUUUUAUUUUUAAUUUUUCGUAUAUUUGUUUUGAGCUAAAAAACAUUUUUUACCAUUAAAAAUUAAAUUCACGCAAUAUUGUUUAUUAAAUUUCAAGCCGUUACAAUUUCAAAAAGCUGCCUUUAACGCUUUAACACACAUUUUUAAAGACCACUUGCGACCAAAGUAGCCACUACAUACCGUAAAUAAUAAAUUGUACCAUACGAUAUGGCCGGUAUGUGAAUUUUCUUUAAGCGUGCUUUCACAGUUUUGUAAAGCGUUCUUUACUUCCCACAAAAUCAUUUUCCACUUACUUCAGUGAUUACCAGUGAAAGUGCAAGCUUGCAAGCUUACCUUCUACAAGUUGUGCGAAAGCGCGAAAGCUCGCAUACUACAUUUCAAGCAAGCUAUUUCAAUUAAACGCUGCAUACGCAAUAAAAAAAAAACCACAUACUUGUACUCUAAAAAUCAACAGUUAUUUUCACAAUUAACGAACUACAUACUCGUACAAUACUUACCGAUAUUCUCAACGAUCUAUAUUUAUGAUUAACGAAUUUUAAUUAUUCUCAAUUAUAUGAUUAUGGUGUGAAUAAUGCUUGCGAUAUUUAAAUUUGUAUUAAUGCUCUUAUUAUUAUUACAUACAUGACAUGAUUAUUGACUAUUGAUUAACCGCAUCUCUAGUGUUAUCCAAUUAAGGAAUUAUUAGGUAUAGAUAUAGAGGAGAAUCAAAUUGAAAGAUAAAGCAUACUUAGCUACAUAUACUAUAUGCAUACACUUAGACUAUAAGUACACACUGUAAAUAGCACAAAUGUCCCCCUAAAUAUCCUUAAUUACCGUUAGGUGCUAAGUGAUUAGAUUAAAUGCAAAAUUCAUAACAAUUUGCCAGUAAAAACAAAAAAAGAAGUAAAGAGAAAUAAAAAUGUGGUCGUACAGACAUAUAUUCAACCUUUGCAUGUAUACAGAACGAUGCGAAAUUGCUGUGUAAAAUACAUAGUAAUUGACUAAUGUGUUAGUAAUUUUAAUAAUGAAGAAAGAAAAAUCAGCAAAACGAAAUGCAUAUUUUUUAAGAAAAGACAAUUGAGAAGAAGAAGCACACACACACAUGUGUGGUGGAGUUGAGAAAAGUAAUAAAAAAAUAAUAAUAAUAAUUUUUCCUUAACCCAAUGUGGCGGCACAGUGCGUUUUAGGUAUUCGAUAUCCACUUACGCAACCCAGUACGCUACAUUUGAGAUUAGAAAAGCAAAUGCCACAAGGUGUGUAAUGUAAAUUAAAAAGGAACUUGUAGAUUAAUUAAUAUUAAUUAUAAAAAAGCUAGUUAUGUAAGCAAAAAUUAUACUGUAAAAAUUGCAAUAAUUUGAAAAUAAAUUAGUUAUAAAAUAUAAGCAAAUAUUAAAGUAAGCAACUGCGCAAAAGAAAAAAUGCAAAAAAUAUACCAAAAUUAUGACUGAUACAAGGAAAAUUGAAAAAAGAAAAAACACAAAAGAGAAGAGUAAUAUUCAAGCAAAAUGCACAAUGACAUGCAUGCUUAUAAAGAGCAAUGAACUUUAAAGUAGCGAAAGAAAACGAAAACAAAACUUAAAAGAAUUGUGAGCAAACUCCGAAAAAAACGCAAAAUUUUCAUUUCACGCAGUCACAAAUAAAACGCAAAGUGUUUUGUGAAAAAUAGUAUUUGCCCCACAACAUUGCAUUUUUUUUUUUUAGCAAAACAGCAAAAAUUUUUUUUUUAUAUAUACUUUAAUUGUUUCAACUUUUUGUUUUUCGUACGAAAUAAAAUUAGUUGCUAAGUGGAAAAAUGCAGAAUAUAAAUAUGAAAAUAAAAUAAAUUGAAUAAAAGAAAAACAUUAGUUGAAGCAAAUUGCCGCAAAAGCAGAAUUAGCCAGAGAUAAAUGUGUACUUGUAACUGUAUUAAAUAUGAAAUAAAAAACUAUUAAUAAAAUAAAAAUGAAAAUUAAAACCAACAAAGAAA